AUGAAUCACCAAGGACCACGCACCAUCACGUACCAUUCACAAGCUAUGAAUCACCAAGGACCACGCACCAUCACGUACCAUUCACAAGCUAUGAAUCACCAAGGACCACGCACCAUCACGUACCAUUCACAAGCUAUGAAUCACCAAGGACCACGCACCAUCACGUACCAUUCACAAGCUAUGAAUCACCAAGGACCACGCACCAUCACGUACCAUUCACAAGCCAUGAAUCACCAAGGACCACGCACCAUCACGUACCAUUCACAAGGCAUGAAUCACCAAGGACCACGCACCAUCACGUACCAGUCACAAGCCAUGAAUCAAGGACCACGCACCAUCACAUUACCAUUCACAAGCUAUGAAUCACCAAGGACCACGCACCAUCACGUACCAUUCACAAGGCAUGAAUCACCAAGGACCACGCACCAUCACGUACCAUUCACAAGCCAUGAAUCACCAAGGACCACACCAUCGUACCAUUCACAAGCUAUGAAUCAAGGACCACGCACCAUCACGUACCAGUCACAAGCUAUGAAUCACCAAGGACCACGCACCAUCACGUACCAUUCACAAGGCAUGAAUCACCAAGGACCACGCACCAUCACGUACCAUUCACAAGGCAUGAAUCACCAAGGACCACGCACCAUCACGUACCAUUCACAAGCCAUGAAUCACCAAGGACCACGCACCAUCACGUACCAUUCACAAGGCAUGAAUCACCAAGGACCACGCACCAUCACGUACCAUUCACAAGCCAUGAAUCACCAAGGACCACGCACCAUCACGUACCAUUCACAAGCUAUGAAUCACCAAGGACCACGCACCAUCACGUACCAGUCACAAGCUAUGAAUCACCAAGGACCACGCACCAUCACGUACCAUUCACAAGCUAUGAAUCACCAAGGACCACGCACCAUCACGUACCAAUCACAAGCCAUGAAUCACCAAGGACCACGCACCACCACGUACCAGCCAUGGAGCAUAAGACGCGCCCAGUCUUAA